CACGGUGAUUUUUAACCAAAUUUAAAACAUAUCAUCACCAUCCUAUUGUUAAAUUAAUCAAACAUUAUUAUUAUUAUUAUUAUUAUUAUUAUUAUUAUUAUUAUUAUUAUUAUUAUUAUUAUUAUUAUUAAUAUUAAAAAAGAAAACGCAACCAAACGACUCUUAAUCGUGUUUGUUUGUUUGUUUCUUUCUUUGUUGUGUCUAUAAAUAUAUUGCACAAUAUGAUAGAAUGAAAUGACAAAAAGAAAAUUUCGAGUGUUUCUAAAUCCCAAAUUCGGCACUUUCUUUCUUACUUCCCCUUUUCUUCUUUGUCUCUUUCACUUUGAAUUCUUAUUAAUUUCUGUCCAUUGUUCUUCCUCUGUUUCAGCUUCCUUGUCGGCUCCAUUUUCCCCAAUUCGGUGCGGAAUUUUUCACGAACAACAACGCAACGCAACCAUUUUGAACUCUUCCUAUUCUGAUGGAAAUUCCCAAAUUGAAUCCGUCUUCUCAUCGGGAAGUUAAUCCAUUGGAAGAAACGAGAAAUUCCCAGAAAAUUUCGGUUUGUAGUCAACCAAACGGUGUGCAUUACUCCACCAAUUCCGAUAGCUUCGUCAUCGAUAUGAAUGGCUUCUCCUCCAAUGGCGGAACUAAAGAAUCCACCACUAAUCCCAGAAUUACACUGCAGAGAAAUUCAUCGAGAAAAGGGUCUCAGCGUGGCGGCGACAAGAUGAUUGCUAACAAUUCCGCUCCUAUAGAUAGAGAUUCAUCAUCUCCAACAGUUGCAGUUGGAGCUACCAUGGCGGAAAAGGCAGCCGGGUCAGCGGUGGCAGUGGCAGUAGGGUCUCAACAAGACCAUUUAGGAGUUCCACAAGUUCAUCAUCAGAUCACUAUAACCACCGGCAGCACGGCAGCGCCAGUUGAACGACCCAUUCUUAGAAGAAACAGUUUCAGAAGGCCUCCAUCUUAUUGGAUGUUGGAUCCUAAGAAAGUUCUUCUCUUGUUUGCCACUGUGUCAUGUAUAGGAAGUAUGGUGCUGAUAUACUUCACAUUAGCUAUCGGGAAACCCAACGCCGAGCAACGGGGGUUUGAUUAAUUAUAACAAUGGCAGGAAAAGCAAGAACCAGAAUAACAACACAAUACAGAGAGUUGAAGAUGAUUUGAGAUGUGUUUGUACAAAGCGAUAGAGACUGAUGUGAGAAAGACCAAAAGAGCAGAUUGAAAAGCAAGCGAGCACCACAGCUUUUCUAAUGGCCACUGGGGCUCGGAUGCGGCACGUUUACAACAGUUUAGAAAUGGAAGAAAGUGACAAAGUAGAAUAUGACAAAGGAAUGGAAUCUUUACUUUUCUUUUUGUUUUCUUUUGUUAAUUACCAAAAAUGGACAGAUGAAAAUUUUCAGAUCAGAAACGUGGUUUUGCCUUUUGAUGUGUGUUAAGGAUUUCUCUCCACCUGAUAGAUUAAUGGAGGGUGGUUGAGUGGUUGAGUGGUUGAGUGGUGAUUGAUCUAAUCACUCUUCAAAUACUUUUACAAUCUCCUUUUUUCACCAAUAUUCCUUGUUUAUAAAAGUGUCAUUCCUUUGUAUUCUGUGGCUUCCAUGUGAGCAAGAAGAGUGGGCUGCAGUCCUACAAACAGAAAGUGUAUUUGGAUGUACUCAAUGCAUGCGCACUUGAAGAUUUUCCAACAG